AAUUUGAUAUCUUGAGCAGCUUCACUUCCUUGGUCACCCUCCCCUCACGGUCCUACGUCUCUCCCUGUUUCCGUUCCGUUCGCCCUCACCUCCCGUCCAUCAUGUCCGUUUCCGCCCAGGCCGCAGCUCGCUGCUGCAGACAGAUCGUCCGCCCUACCGCUUCUCUGCGCCUUGCUCCCACGACAUACCUGUCCCAGCGCACACUCAGCCGGAGAUGGCAAUCCACUGAGGCGGAGGCUGCUGCUGCUCCUGCCAACCCCAAGAUCACCCAGAUUGUCGACCAGAUCAGCCAAUUGACCCUGUUGGAGACCGCCGACCUCGUCUCCACCCUGAAGACCCGCCUGAACAUCCCCGACCUCCCCGUUGGCGGUUUCGCCAUGGGCGCUGCUCCCGCCGCUCCCGCCGCUGCUGAGGAAGAGGAGGCUGCUCCCGCCCAGCAGGAGAAGACCCUGUUCAACCUGAAGCUCGAGUCCGUCGACGCCUCCUCCAAGGCCAAGGUCAUCAAGGAGAUCAAGACCCUCCUCGGCCUGUCCCUGGUCGACAGCAAGAAGUUCGUCGAGUCCGUUCCCAAGGUCCUGAAGGAGUCUGUGCCCAAGGAGGAGGCCGAGAAGAUCGUGGAGACCCUCAAGGCCGUGGGCGCCAAGGCCACUAUGGACUAAACUGGGACCUAUAUACUACUCUCUGCUUUCGGGGACUUUUUUUUUUAAUGCUACCGGGUCACCCUAAGCUUUCAUCUUUCCACAACCCCUCCUCCGUUCUGAGCGGAUGAGCGGAGAGGGGGGAAAGGGAAGAGGGAGAGGCUACCUGUGGAUGGUCUGGACGUUGUGAUUGGACUGCAUCUCAUCAUGCUGGAGUUUUGUCUCGCACCACCCUUUUUUUCUCUAUUCCGUCAUGUAUUGUCUGUGUGUUUUUAUCCUAUCUCUUUUCUUUUCUCCGUCAUAUAUCUCUUAAGAAUGUUCUGAUAUAAACCGGAAAGCGGGAAAAAGGCGGCGAGUGUACAUUAUUAUCGCAUUGAAUGGACAAUGUUGAAACAAGCU